CCCGGAUGUAAAUUAGGCAAUGACCCAGUCUAUCGUGGUGCAGAGUAAGCGCUCAUGUUUAACAGAUAUACUGCAAGCUGUGUGAUUGUCUUGGCUGAUAUUUAUCUAGUUGGCCAAUGUGGCAAUCAGAUUGGCAGUAGAUUCUGGGAUUUGGCUCUAAGAGAGCAUGCCUCCGUCAAUAAAAAGGGAGUUUUUGAUGAACCACUGAGCAGUUUCUUCAGAAACGUUGACACUAGGUAUUCGGAACCUGUCAAUAUUGCAGUAGGAAGUGGAGACGGGAAAAUCAAAUCUCUGCGAGCAAGAGCAGUUCUCAUUGACAUGGAGGAGGGCGUAGUCAGUGAAGUUAUGAGGGGACCGAUGAGAGAUGUGUUUGACUCUCAGCAACUGUUAACAGACGUUUCAGGAUCUGGGAACAACUGGGCAGUUGGUAACAGAUUUUAUGGACAGAAGUUUAGGGAACAGAUAAUGGAUAUUGUGAGAAAGCAAGCAGAACAAUGCGACUGUCUGCAGUGCUUUUUUCUUCUUCAUUCUAUGGGAGGAGGCACUGGCUCUGGUGUUGGUACCGCAAUACUGGAUCUACUAAAGGAAGAGUAUCCUGAGAUCUACAGAUUCGCUAUCGCAGUCUACCCUUCUGCUGAUGACGACGUAAUCACAUCACCUUACAACAGUGUACUAGCAAUGCACGAGCUGACGGAAAAGGCAGACUGUGUCUUGCCAAUAGAGAAUCAGGCCCUAGUAGAUUUAGUAAUGACCAUCAACAAGGCAGCUGCACUCAAGAGUGACAGAUCAAGAGUGACGUUGUCUUCUCUAAGUCACGAGAUGAAGCGCCACUCUUCGGUCACAUCGGGGCACGGCGGCAUAAGCAAAGACGAAAAGCCGUUUGAUGCAAUGAACAACAUAGUCGCUCAUCUCCUGCUAAACAUGACAAGCUCUUCGAGGUUUGAAGGAUCACUGAAUGUUGACUUGAACGAGAUAACUAUGAACCUAGUGCCAUUUCCACGACUUCACUACAUUGUAUCAAGCCUGAGUCCUCUCUACUGGCUCGCAGACGUCAAGCUCGCUCCCCGGAGGAUGGAUCAGGUAUUUACUGAUGCCUUUGCCCGUGAUCAUCAACUGAUACGAGCCGACCCCAGACACAGCCUCUAUCUAGCAUGUGCACUGCUGUUGCGAGGUAAAGUAUCCAUGUCCGACAUCAGAAGAAACAUAGACAGACUCAGACCGUCGCUGAAAUUUGUCCAUUGGAACCAACAUGGCUGGAAAACCGGUUUGUGUUCGGUCCCACCUGUUGGUCAUCUCUACUCCCUCCUUAGCCUCGCAAACAACACAUGCAUCAAAAGCACAUUUACAGACAUUCGAACGGGAUUCGUCAAGCUCUACAGACGAAAAGCACAUCUCCACCACUACACGCAAGUCGAUGGUAUGGAACUGGAUCAGUUUCAGGACAGUCUUGAAAGUCUUAGCUCACUAAUAUGCGACUAUGAGAGUCUCGACUCGCAACGAGACAAACAACCAGAAACGCCGCCACAACUUCGUGUUGCAUGACACAUCGUGUGGCAUCACGUAAAUACAACACAAUCCAACGUGAUG